UUAAUGAACAUUCAGACAAUGAGGUUGAAGAGGCUGAAGGUUACAACUGGCAUAAUAAAAUCCCAAAUGCUCUCAAAAAUUUGGAACUAGAUAUCAAAAAAGAAAAGGUUAACAGUGAGGUUUGGAUAUGUCUAAACAGCAUUCGUCUUUAUUUCCAACUUGUAAAAUACAACCAUUUGAAAAUAAAAGCAAGCGAAGUGGUUGCUAAUGCGGCGGGAAAAGGAGUAUAUCAUGCUAAAUGCAUUCGUUAUUAG